AACAAACUUCACGCUGGUAGUGCCAGCUAACAUACCUAAAAGUUGUGUUAUUUCGUGCACAAGGAAAAAAUAAUUCAAAAUAUUUAGAUUUUUUUCGUUUUAAUAUUCACGAAACAGGGAGUUUCCCAAUGAAGAAAAAUUUACAUAGAACCGUCUGCGACCACUGAAUUUACUCAGACAAAGAAGAUAUAUAGUAGACUGUGAAUGUUACAAAUUCUAACUUUUUUAACCCUCUGUUAAGUUUGGAUAUGAAUGCCCCCUCAAAAAAAAAUGACAAUGAUCAAAUAAUAUCAGAGAAUAUUGAUUACGAUUCAACCGAACAAGAAAACAAAAAAGUUCCUGAAAAACAGAAUGUUAGUAAAGGAAGUAAUUGUGAAGCAUGUUGUGCUUUGCCGCAGGCAGUUAAACAUCUGACAGAACAAGUUAAGGAUCUAAAGAAAACAGUUAGUUGUCUUGGAGGCACAGUUAAAGAUCUAACAAGAGUUGUGGCGAAAAUGGAAACAUUUUUGAAGUUUAUGGAGCAUAAUUCGAGCUACAAUCCCCAAGUUUCUCAUAGUCUUCUUCCACUGGAAUUUGGUGAAACUGAAAAAAUUCAGCCGCGAAAUGACCUAUUUUUACCAGAAACUACUAAAAAUGGUAUUAAUCAAUUAGUGGAAAAGUCUUUUAAUAAUAGCACCACAAGCAGUGAUGUCCCUAUUCUAAACAAAAAGAGCAGCACUAUCACUCACAACAACAAACAAUCAGUAGUAAUGAUAUGGAAGGGGGAACAGUUUCUGGGAAGUGGAUUUGUUAUUAAUUACAAUAACAAGGUGAAAGAGGAAGUCAAGCACCAUCUCUGCACCUGUGUUUUAACAGCCAAACAUGUUGCUGGGGAAAAAGAGGUAAUUGCUGGGGAAAAAGAGGUAGAUGUUGCUUCAGGAAAAGAGGUUUACAAAGAAGUUCCUAUGACUGACCUGGUUAUUGAAAAUAAAAUUUGGUUUGAGAAGAAGAGAAAAGUAGCGACAGUUCUACUUGAUGAAGACGAAGACGUUGCCAUCUUAUUAUUGGAAAGGGAAAAUUAUGACAAAUUUGAGCCACUGCAAUUGUGUGAUGACAACUUUGAGCUUAAUUGUGAUACUGAAAUCAAAGUUAUUGGCACAUGUCACCCUGAAAUUUGGAGUGCCGUUCACCAUGGAAAUGUGAGCAAUCCUAGUCGACAGAUGAAAGAUAAAAUUUUCAUUGAGUGCAGUAUUCAAAUUCAGCCUGGAUUCUCUGGAGCACCUGGAAUUACUAAAGAUGGAAAGGUAUUUGGCAUGGUGACAAGGGGCGAUGAUGUAGAUCACCAAUGUUCAACUCUGGUGCAUUUUGUUCCGUGGAAGACUAUCAAAAGAGCACUUAAACGAUUGGGAAAACAAGUUCAAAGCAAAGAAGCACUUAAACGAUUGGAUAACAUAAAGCGGUUCGAUAUAGCAAUACCAUAA